GCUUGGCCACCCACGCGCAAUUGCAGUGCCUUCUCAAAUUCCUUCUCCCCUUCCCCCGUUUCUGCUCUCGUCGAAAACCAUUCUCUCGUUUAUGUGCUACCGCCAUUAACGAUCAACACUGACUCGCCAAGUUAUAUUAGCCCGCAGCUGAUCUGCGCCGGGCACUUUUACCCUGAAUAGAGAAAAAGAAAAUAAAAUGGCCCACCUAUUCAUCUCCGACGAGGAGUUCUCUCGGCACUCCAACGACGCCGCUUUCAUGGCGGAGAAGGCCGAUGCCUUCAUCAAAGGCCUCUACAGCGAGCUCGAGACCGUCAGAGCCCAAGCCGAUGCUGCUUCAAUUACUGCGGAGCAGACUUGUUCCCUUCUCGACCAGAAGUUUCUUUCUCUUUCCGCCGAGUUCUCUGACCUCCAGUCUCAGAAUGCACAGCUUCAAACCACCCUUGAGCUCAGACUCUCCGAGCUCGCCGAAGUCAAAUCCCAAAAACACCAACUCAAUUUACUUUCGAUUGGGAAGGAUGGGGAGAUAGAGAGGCUAAAUACAGAGUUAUCCGAACUGCAUAAAUCAAAAAGGCAGUUGAUGGAGCUCAUUGAGCAGAAGGAUUUAGAAAUUGGUGAAAAAGAUGCCACUAUAAAGUCUUAUCUUGAUAAGAUUGUAAAUUUAUCUGAAACGGCUGCUCAAAGAGAAGCCCGUUUAAGUGAGGUCGACAUGGAGUUGGUGCGUUCCCGUGCUGAAUUCGCUCGUCUUUCACAGGAGAAAGAACUCAUUGAGAGGCAUAAUGUGUGGCUUAAUGAUGAGUUAACUGCUAAAGUAGGCAGUAUCAUUGAGCAGCGUAGAGUUCAUUCUGAUGUUGAGGUCGAAAUGUCUGCGAAAGUUAGAGAUGUUGAGAGAAAGUUAGAUGAAUGCUCCAAUGCCUUAAAAUGGAACAAGGAUAGUGUGAAAGAACUUGAAAUGAAGCUAACAUCUGCACAGGAGGAAUUGUGCUUGUCAAGAAAAAGUGCUGCAGAAAAUGAGGAGCGUCUUUGUGCUGAAAUAUCAACAAUCAAUAAGCUUGUUGAACUUUACAAAGAAAGUUCGGAGGAGUGGUCUAAGAAGGCAACAGAACUUGAGGGUGUCAUAAAAGCCUUGGAGACACAUUUGAACCAAGUUGAGAGUGAUUACAAAGAGAAGCUUGCAAAGGAAGAAUCUCAAAUAAAUAGUUUGGAAGAGGAGGCUACAGCGUUGAAAAUGAAACUGGAAAAGUGCGAGGCAGAAAUUGAACUUAGUAGGAAGAAGAAUGAACUCACUCUUUUUCCCCUUGGCAGCUUCGCUUCAGACGGUUGGAUACAUUCGAAGGAAAGUAGUGAGGUAGUUGAUGACAAUCACAAACUCGACCCCAAGUUACCUAUAGGUGUUUCUGGGACAGCUUUAGCUGCUUCGCUUUUGCGUGACGGUUGGAGUUUAGCCAAAAUGUAUGCUAAGUACCAAGAGACUGUUGAUGCUUUUCGGCAUGAGCAGAUGGGAAGGAAAGAAGCCGAGGCGGUUUUGCAGAGGGUGCUAUAUGAAUUAGAGGAUAAAGCAGAAGUCAUUUUAGAGGAAAGAGCUGAACAUGAGAGAAUGAUCGAGUCAUAUUCCCUUUUAAACCAAAAAUUGCAGAAUUCUAUUUCUGAACAGGCAAUUUUGGAGAAAACUAUUAAAGAAUUGAAGGCUGAUUUGAAGAUACAUGAGCGUGAUUACAUGUUAAUUCAGAGAGAGAAUGUUGACCUUUCGAAACAGGUAUCAAUUCUUCUGAAGGAAUGUCGAGAUGUGCAGCUUCGCUGUGGAUAUACUGGGCAUGAUGUUCACGAGAAUCUUUCAAAUACUACAUCCUUUGAUAUGAAUGUGGAAUCUGAUGCUGAUAGAGUUAUUUCCGAAUACCUUUUAACCUUCAAGGACAUAAAUGGAUUAGUUGAGCAGAAUGUCCAGCUUAGAAGCCUUGUACGUAAGCUUUCAGUGCAGAUUCAGGAUUCAGAGCUUGAUUUCAAGGAGAAAAUGGAGGUUGAAUUGAAAAGGCAUACUCAAGAAGCUGCAUCUAAAGUUGAAGCAGUGUUACAAAAAGUUGAAGAGCAGGGACAGAUGAUUGAGUCCCUUCAUGCCUCCGUUGCCAUGUAUAAAAGACUAUAUGAAGAGGAACAUAAGCGUAACGUGUCCCAUCCCCUAUCAGCUGAAGUUGCUCUAGAUUCUGGUAGGAGGGAACUUGAGAUUGUUUCUGAAGAUUCUCAGGAAGGAACAAAGGCAGCACAGAAGCAGACUGCUAAACGAGUAAGAUAUCUUGAAGAAGAGCUUGAAAAAUCUAGAAGUGAGAUAAAUUUAGUAAGAGCUGAACGUAACAAGUUUGAACUCGCGUCGAGUUUUACUAAAGAAAAACUGGAUAGUUUCAUGAAGGAAUUCGAACAGCAGAGGGUAGAAAUGAAUGGUGUGUUAGCUCGGAACGUAGAGUUUUCGCAACUUAUAGUGGACUAUCAAAGAAAACUGCGGGAAGUUUCAGAAUCCUUGCAAAGUGCUGAUGAACAAUCCCGGAAAUUGACUAUGGAGGUGUCUGUCCUAAAGACUGAGAAGGAGUUGUUAUCAAAUGCUGAAAAGAGAGCACAGGAUGAAGUGCGGAAUCUAUCUGAAAGAUUGUUUCGCGUGCAGGCUUCUCUGGAUACCAUUCAAAGCGUUGAAGAAGUUCAUGAGGAGGCCAGAGUUGCAGAGAGGAGAAAACUUGAGGAACAUGCUAAACAACUGGAGAGGGAAUGGGCUGAGUUGAAGAAAGAGUUGCAAGAAGAAAGAGACAAUGUUAGAACGCUCACUCUUGAUCGUGAGAAGACUUUGAAGAAUGCAAUGGGUCAUGUUGAAGAGAUGGGAAAGGAACUAUCAAAUGCACUACAUGCCACUGCUGCUGCUGAGGCACGAGCUGCUAUUUCUGAGGCUAAAUUGUCUGAGCUGGAGAAGAAAAUCAGUUCUUCAGACAAUCAGGUCGUUGAUUUGGAUGAAAGGAGUGGACUUAAGUCUCAGCCUUCAAAUCAGGUUGGCACAGAUUUGCAUAGGGCAGAGGAACAGAUUCAGAAAUUUAAAGAAGAAGCACAAGCUUGUAAAGAUCAUAUGCUACAGUACAAGAACAUAGCUCAGGUAAAUGAAGAAGCUUUGAAGCAGAUGGAAUGUGCUCAUGAAACUUUCAAGAUUGAGGCUGACAAGAUGAAGAAAUCAUUAGAAGCUGACCUCCUUCAGCUUAGAGGGAAAGUUUCUGAACUUGAAAAUGAAUCUAUCUUAAAAUCUCAAGAAUUAGCUUGUGCUGCUAAUUUGAAGGAAGAGGCGAUUGCUUCUUCUCUGGGAGAGAUUAGAAAUCUAAGUGAAGAAAAUGCUGCUAAAUCGUCCAAGAUACAGGAAAUGGAAAUUCAGAUAUCUUAUUUGAAGGAAGAUUUGGAAAGGGAGCUGCAGAAAUGGCGUGCUGCACAAGCUAAUUAUGAAAGACAGGUUAUUCUCCAGUCAGAAACGAUUCAAGAGCUGACAAAAACAUCGCAAGCUUUAGCUUCUGUUCAAGAGGAAGCAGCCGAGCUUCGUAAAUUAGCUGAUGCAUACAAAAGAGACCAUGAUGAACUAAAAGCCAAGUGGGAAGAAAGGAAGUUAGCACUUGAGGAUUUCAAGAAUAAAGCUGACAAGGAAUACACCGAACUCAACGAACAGAAUAAAAUUCUGCUCAUUCAACUUGAGGCUUUCCACAUUCGAUCGGCGGAGGAAGAUCGAAAGAUGGUUGGAGUUUCUUCUGAAAGCAAUGCAAUUGAAAUGGUUGGUGAUGCAGGUUUACAGAGUGUGAUUAGAUAUCUCAGACGUACAAAAGAAAUUGCUGAAACAGAGAUAUCCUUGCUAAAGCAGGACAAGUUGAGAUUGCAGUCACAAGUAGAAAAUGCUCUUAAAGCUGCGGAGAGUGCACAAACUUCACUUCAUGCUGAACGUCAAAGUUCAAAAGCAUUAUUGUUAACCGAGGAGGAAAUUAAGUCUUUACAACUUCAGGUCAGGGAGAUGAACUUGCUUCGCGAAAGCAAUAUCCAACUGCGAGAAGAGAAUAAGCACAAUUUUGAGGAAUGCCAGAAACUGCGGGAAGAAUUUAGUAAGGCUAAAAUUGAGAUAGAGAAGUUUGAGGGCAUGCUGAGAAUGAGACAAAUAGAGAUGGAAUCUUGUAAAAUGGAAAUUGAGUCGCAGAAAGCGGAUAAAGUUCAUCUUGAAAGCAAAGUUUCUGAGUUGCUUGAAAGAUCUAAGAAUAUAGAUUACGAAGAUUAUAUUCGUGUGAAGGAUGAUGUUCAAAGAAUGCAGAUGGAGCUGAAUGAGAAAGAUUCCGAAAUUGAGAAAGUCAAAAUGUUACUCACUGAAAGACAGGAAUCAUUAUCUCAAUUGGAGCGCGACCUUUCAAAUUGCAGAUUUGAACUGAAGGAAAGGGAAAAGAAGGUGAAUGAUAUUCAACAUAUUGAGGCAAAUCUGAGGGCAGAUAUGGAGAAACAGAAGAAGUUCUUUGCUCAGUAUAAGCGUAAGUUUGAAACCGUGUCUAAGGAGAAGGAUGAACUAGUCAAAGAGAAUCAAGCUCUUUCAAAGCAGUUGGAGGACAUUAAGCAAGUGAAUAUCGUAGGGAAAAGGUCUGGUGGAGAUUCAACUGGUGAACAGGCCAUAGAAGAAAAGGACACUAAAAUUCAGAUUCUUGAGAAACAUCUGGAGAGACUGAGAGAAGAACUGAAAAGAGAAAAGGAUGACAGUCGUACAGAAAAAAACAGGCGAUUGAGAAUUGAGAAGGCAAUAAAGGAUUCUUACACUAUAGUUGAGCAGGAAAAAUCAAAGAUUUUAAAUGAGUUGGGGAAGCAUAGGGGAACCAUGAAGCAGCUGUCUGAUGAACUUGAAAAGCUUAGACAGUCUAAAAGCAGUCCUCCGGAGCAGGAUGCUUUAGUUCAGCCUCUUUCAGGGAUUGGUUUGGACGAUCUUGCUUCUACCUACGUUUUAGCUGUUGAAAAUUUUGAGAAGACCGUGCAGUCAGUCUUAACUGAUCUUGGAGCUCAAAAUGUUCCGUCAGAGGUUUCUGUAGCCACAGAUGCUUUACUACAAACUAGUACAGGUUCUGAUGCUUCUUUCCAAACGUCUGAUGCCACAUUGCCAGUGGCACCUGUAACAACUAACUUACCUGCCAAAGCCUUAGAAGAAAGUGAAAAGAAAGGUCAGUUAUCCAGGACAAAAGUAGAAACGCGUAAAGCUGGGCGGAAGUUGGUUCGACCUCGUCUUGGAAAACCAGAAGGGCCUCAGGGUGAUAUAGACAUGUCAAUGGCAGAAUUACCAAACAAUGAAAACAAGCGUGCAACUUCUGGAAAAUCAGAAACUGAAGGUGAACCAACUCCAUCAACCCAUCAGCUGGCUCGCAAGCGUGUAGCUUCAUCAACUUCUGAGUUGCAUGAACAUUCAACUAUCCCUGGGGAGACCAGUACUGAAAUGGCAGCUCCUGUCAUGAAGAAGGCUAAAGGGUCGGAUACCUUGCCUGAAGACGUUGGUGGACCAUCCUCUACCUCGUUGGGAAGUCUCAAAACUCAGCCACCCUUGGAAGAAGUUUCUGAUGUUUGUGAGUUUCCACAGGGUUUAAAUGAGGAAGCAGUUGAUGUCGAAAAAGAGGUUGAAAUUCUAGGGGAGAAGGCUGAUAGACCAAAAGAACUUUCGUCUGAUGGGUCUAUGAGCCAUGAUGAAAUACAAACUGACAGGAAAGAAACGCUAGAUGAGAAUCUGGAUAGACAGAUUGGAGCAGAGGUGUCGGAUGAUGGGUUAAAAGAUCAGGCUGAACCAGACAAUUGGAAUCUAACUUCUGAGAUUGGAAGCGAGAGAGAGGAAGGUGAGCUGGCGCCUGAAGUUACAGACCUCGAGGGUGGUAAUAAUAUUGAAAACAUUGAAAUAGGGGAGGAUCAUAUUGAAGCGGUUGCAACACCUGAUGCUUCCCCAUCUGGAGCUGAUGAUGAUGCUCUGGCUGUCACAGCCAUGGAGAUCGGCGAGAUCAACUCUCCCGAGAUUCAAAAUGAAGAGAAGAAUGAUGAUGGUGAUAUAACUGAUGAAACUGCCGAAAUUUUAGAGAAGUCAACUGAUUGCAACCAGAUUGACGUGGAGAGUGAUCAAGCUGUUGAAACCACCUCAAUGUCUACAGAGAACGUCCCAAGUACACCACCAGAAACAAAUGAUCCGAAACAAGGUAGUCCUACUGUUGUCAAAAGGUCGUCUCCUGUUAGUAGUAGCACGUCUACUACAAUAAACUUGCAAGAGCGAGCCAAAGAAAGAGCUAUGCUGAGACAGGCUGGAGUUGUUUCUUCAUUGGACAGACGCCCCGUGCGAGGAUUACGCGGUCGUGGCGGCCGGACAGAGCGUGGUGGCCGUGGUCAAAGAUCUGGUCGUGGAGGACCAGCCGGUGAAUCCAAUAGAAGUUAAGGAGCAGUGAUGGAUGACUGUAUAUGAUCUGGGUUUCAAAAUGGGUUUUUUCUCCCUACACUUUUUUCCUCUUUUUUUGUUUGACAAAAACCAUCGGUCCUAGUACUUAGAAGUUCAUGCAUUGAGCUAGAAUUUAAUGGGUACAGCAGCUUUUGUUCCUAACUAGUUCCCUCUCCUAAAUGCUUUUCUGACGCAGAAGUAUGGUGUUGUACAAGGCAGUCCGGUGCCUUUACUGACCUGCCAUUGGCCAUUUCUUUCUCAUAGAUCAAUUAGAAAUGUUAUUAUAAUUA